UCUUUCUGUCUCUGUCCGUCUCACCCUCUCAGCCUUUACAACUUUAAGACCAUGGAGAACGCUGUGUCCCCAAACGUGGCCCUCACACCCCCACCCCUGACAAAGGCAGGGCCCCUGUCGCCGUCCGUGCCUAGCACCUCCCACCCCAGUGCCGGCAAGGCCCCAGGAAAGGGGGCCAGCCCCAUAUCCAGGACCCGGAAGAGGAGGGCCACAGGGGAGCUCCCGCACCCAGGCCACAAGCCCCCCUGCUCCCCUUCGGCUGCAGCCAGCAAGCUCCCACACCAAGAGGACAAGGACUCAGAAGUGGAGAUUGAGGUGGAGAGCCGAGAGGAAUUCACUUCGUCCCUGUCCUCCCUCUCCUCCCCAACCUUCACCUCCUCCAGCUCUGCCAAGGACAUAAGCUCGCCCGGCGCCCAGGUCCCAGUGUGUACGGUGACGUCGGCGAUGUUGAGCCCCGAGGACGGCCCUCUCGCUGGGGUAGCAGCAGCAGCAAUGGCGGUCGUGUUGGCCCCCGAGGGCCCCGGGCCGGGGGGUCUGGAAUCAGAGUUGGAGAUCCUGAGGCAGGCGCUGGACAGCGGGCUGGACUCCAAGGAGUCUAAGGAGAAGUUUCUGCAUGAGAUCGUCAAGAUGCGGGUGAAGCAGGAGGAGAAGCUGGGCUCAGCCCUGCAGGCCAAACGCAGCCUUCAACAGGAGUUGGAGUUCCUGCGAUUGGCUAAGAAAGAGAAGCUCAGGGAGGCCACGGAGGCCAAGCGGAACCUGAGGAAGGAGAUUGAGCGCCUUCGUGCCGAGAGCGAGAAAAAGAUAAAGGAGGCAAACGAGUCGCGCGUGCAUCUGAAGAGGGAGCUGGAGCAUGCCCGGCAGCUCAGAGUGUGUGACAAGGGCUGCGAGGCAGGUCGCCUGCGCGCCAAGUACUCCACACAGAUCGAGGACCUGCAGAUGAAGCUCCAGCAUGCCGAGGCGGAUCGCGAGCAGCUCCGGGCAGACCUACUGCAGGAGCGGGAAGCCAGGGAACACCUGGAGAGAGUGGUCAAGGAGCUGCAGCGGCAGCUGUGGCCCAAGGAGCAGAACACGCCUACCCAGGACAACCCUGUCAACAACUAACCCUUCCCAUGAACAACCCCGCGUCAAUCCCCCACUAUCAGCACCUAAAAUAAAACUACGCCUGAGACCACCGAGACAGAAUAGAGAAAAGUAGAAAUAUCAAUCCUCUAUGUGUGCGUGUAUCCAUCCUCACACAAAUUGUAUGAGUGCUUGGAUGCAUCCUUGGAAAGAGAAACAAAGGAAAUAAAACUUGGUAUUUUAACAUGUACCAAGUUGUUACUAGUUGUUGGUAUUUGUACAUGUACCAUGUUGUUACUAGUUGUUGGUAUUUGUACAUGUACCAAGUUGUUACUAGUUGUUGGUAUUUGUACAUGGACCAAGUUGUUACUAGUUGUUGGUAUUUGUACAUGUACCAAGUUGUUACUAGUUGUUGGUAUUUGUACAUGUACCAAGUUGUUACUAGUUGUUGGUAUUUGUACAUGUACCAAGCUGUUACUAGUUGUUGGUAUUUGUACAUGGACCAAGGUGUUACUAGUUGUUGGUAUUUGUACAUGUACCAAGUUGUUACUAGUUGUUGGUAUUUGUACAUGGACCAAGUUGUUACUAGUUGUUGGUAUUUGUACAUGGACCAAGUUGUUACUAGUUGUUGGUAUUUGUACAUGUACCAAGUUGUUACUAGUUGUUGGUAUUUGUACAUGUACCAAGUUGUUACUAGUUGUUGGUAUUUGUACAUGUACCAAGUUGUUACUAGUUGUUGGUAUUUGUACAUGUACCAAGUUGUUACUAGUUGUUGGUAUUUGUACAUGUACCAAGUUGUUACUAGUUGUUGGUAUUUGUACAUGUACCAAGUUGUUACUAGUUGUUGGUAUUUGUACAUGUACCAAGUUGUUACUAGUUGUUGGUAUUUGUACAUGUACCAAGCUGUUACUAGUGGUUGAUAUUUGUACAUGGACCAAGUUGUUACUAGGACAAGCACUGAAAACGCACCUCUCCUCCACAAACUGAAAAUUGGAUCGGAAAAAAAUAUAUAUAUAUAUUUAGCACAACAUUUAGUUGAGCCUGUAUUUUCUGAGACAGAAACUGGUGAACAUUUUGGAUAAAAACUUUUCUAUGAUAAAAAAAGAAGAAGAUAAUAAUACAAUACUUUUACAACUGGCCUGUUUUGAGACAAAAUGGACGAGGAGCCAGGAAGUCGGACUGGACUCCUCAGGCGUGCCCCAGCAGGGCUUCUGCUUCGUUUCCCGUGAAGAAGUUGGAGAAUUUCAUGACCUUAUAAGCUAUUUAAGAGACUGCAUAACAAUGUGUAAAAAAAAAAAUGUACGAAAACAUUUUCUUUGCUUCUUUGUGCUAUAAGAGCUUGGAGACAAAAAAAAAAUGGAUUUGCAAAAGAUAUUAACAGACAGCAAGCAAGACAAACUACCGCCAGUGCCAUCAUGGUUAGUUGGUGUGUAGAGGAGGCCAUUCUGAUCCAUUGAGGAAAAGUAUAACACUUGUCUACUAUUCCAUUAAUACAUCAUGAAGUUUACUAUGGAAGGGGUCAGAGGAUUGCAUUGGACGAGAUGUUUUCUCUCUUUGACACAGGUGCUGUAUCUGUGUGUUCUGGCACACCUCUUAGGGUGAGCAUUUCAUUUAGAUAUUAACAACAAGAGAUGUUCACACAAGCACGCGAAACAGCAUACACACUUGUCUUCAUUAUGUGUUUGUGAGCAGUUGGGUUAAAACCCAAAAGUCUUAUCUUAUAAAGAUACACUUUGUGAUCAUUUUGUAUCUGGGUGCAAUCUGAAGCCCAGAUUUGUACACAGGACUUCUGCUGGGUUUCCCCCUGGGACUGUUGGUUAAAACUAGCUGAAGCCGGCUUUACUGCUUUCCAUUUGAUUAGCGAGAGUUGGCAUGACUUGCUCAAAUGAAGAUCGAAAAUACAAUUUUUGAAUACUAUGAUUUUAGGGCUGGAAGUGGCGCCUUUAGCCAGAACCACAACAUUUUAUUUUUUAAUUAAAUGAUGGUAUGUAAAUAUAUAUAUAUAUAUGUGUUUUGUUUUUUUACAAUAAUGAAUCGCACUUUGUCAUUACAAAAUACUGUUAUAAUGCCUUAUACUCCCAUUAUUGUCUUCAAUCUUACAUUGGAGAGGAUAUAUCCAUGACAACAACAAUACAAAUCCAAGUGAGCAUUUUGUUAUUAUAUGCAACUCAUUUAAAUGCAAUGUAAUCAUGUGUUUAAGACAAAAUAUUGUAAAUAAAAAGAGAGAAAAGGGGUCUACAUGCUUGCUUGCUGAUACAGUUUGGGCUGUUGGAAAAAUGUAAUUCCAAUCUUUUUUGGCACUAAUUAUACCAUUUUUGUUGUCAAUUAACAAUUAAAGACAGUGGGAUGUAGGGUUGCAAAAGAGAAAAUGGCAUGGGCGCCCAACUCUCCUAAAAUGUGGGUAUUUAUUAAUACGACAGCGAUUCAUCCACGUUCCAAGGUGUGAAACACAGUGCUUUUAGACCAUUCAUGGGAAGGCAGUGAUUAUGACAGUCUGAAGACACAUUGCUCAUAUAUUUACCAGAAAAAAAAACAUAAAGAGGAUUAAUAAAAAAUGAUAUAGAUGAUUAAUAAAAAAUACAUUUUAUAAUGCUCCAGUUCAGAAUGGGAACAAUGCUAAUUACAAUGUACAUUGUGUUUAUGCUUUUUUCCUUUGGUUGUUGAUGUUGUUGUUUUAAAUGUGGGAUAUUUUUAUGGCUUGUUUCUUAUGUUCCUUUUUUUCCAAUAGAAAACUCAUAUAUUUUCAUUCAUAUGCAUGACAUUUGAGAAGGUUUGCCAUGCAUAUAGUCAUUAUUGGGCAUUGAUACUGUACAUGUAAGGAUUGUAUUGUGUUGUACAGCAAGCCUGUCUUUUCUAGAGAAUCUAACCAUGUUCAUUACAUAGUUCAAGAAAAUUAACUUUACAUGUACACGCAAAAAACACAACCUGAAGUUCAAACACAAUGCUGGACAACCUCAAGUGCCUGAAAGUGAGCAGAGGGUUUUCCAGAUCAGGAACGCUGGCGAUGAAGUAACUGUUUGUAUUUGGCCUCAGUAGGAACGUGCUGAAGAGUCAACUCCACCAUGGGAUGUCAUUACCGUCACAGUGCAGAUGUCACGCCUGUCACACACAGUGCAGAUGUCACGCCUGUCACACACAGUGCAGAUGUCACGCCUGUCACACACAGUGCAGAUGUCACGCCUGUCACACACAGUGCAGAUGUCACGCCUGUCACACACAGUGCAGAUGUCACGCCUGUCACACACAGUGCAGAUGUCACGCCUGUCACACACAGUGCAGAUGUCACGCCUGUCACACACAGUGCAGAUGUCACGCCUGUCACACACAGUGCAGAUGUCAAGUCUGUCACACACAGUGCAGAUGUCACGCCUGUCACACACAGUGCAGAUGUCACGCCUGUCACACACAGUGCAGAUGUCACGUCUGUCACACACAGUGCAGAUGUCACGCCUGUCACACACAGUGCAGAUGUCACGCCUGUCACACACAGUGCAGACACUUGUCGACGGAGGGGACAUUUUCAUUCUUUCUUCUCUCUGCACUAUCCCUCUGGAUAGGCCUGACUUGACUACAUUGCUCAAGCUACAAGAUGCAGCUUUUUCCCCCAGUAUUUCUAACCCAAUACAGUCUAAGGCGGUAAUUACAUUUACUCUUCUUCUUUUUGAGCAGAAACAAUUUAACGACUUAUAAUUGUAAAAAAAAAAAAAAAAAAAAAUCUAAUAAGGCAUUUUGAAUGAUUCCUUGAAUUCAUUCAGAAAUGUUCUUUUAGAGAUAUGCAUGUCAAAAAUAAUUAUAGGUAUCAACAGAUACCAUAGCUAUGCGGUAUUAUGAGGUUCACUCUAGGUUGUAGAAAAAGAUGACCUACCAUUUUUAUGAGAUUUGGUCUGUCUAUCCAAAUGUGGACAUCUCUAACUAGUGAAGAAGGCAUUAUGUCCGAGCCCCAUGUCUUAACAAACAUUAGAAAGGCCAAUGUUAUUUAGAGACUGACACUGAGUCUGUGACUUUUGCAGACCUAAAAUUGGUACAUUUUAUAGUUGUUUUUACACUCAAGUGAAUUGAUAUUUGUAGUUUCCUUUUCAUGGUUUUCUACAAAAAAAGGGAGAAAAUGACGACAUUGGCUCUUUGCUCCCAAGUAAAAGAAAAAAACGCAUAAAUGAUUUAUUAUUUUUUAAAUAAGAACCAUUUUGCUAAAUGGAGGACAAAGAAGAAGCAAUAACAGUAGAACAUAUAAAACUAGCCAGUGUGAAGAUUUAAAAAUAUAAGAAUUUACAAGUGUAAAUAAUCUUUCAUUUUUACAAUAUUGUAUUAUAUAUGUACAUGGUGUUUCCUUUUUAUCCAAAACAAAUCUUUUCUCACAGCUGUCUUGUUUUGUUUUGGCUUGUGUUUUAAUAACCAAGAACAUGUUUCAAAAACAGUUAUUGCAGUGCAUUAGAGAAUAUUCUCUACAUAAACAUGUUGUUUAUCCAAUUAUUUCGAUUUUUAUUUUACUGUAAGGUCUUUAUAUUGAAAUACUUUUUUCACCAGUUCAUCUAUUUUUUACAAUAUAUUCAAUAUCAGAUAGUGUACAGUGCCUUCAGAAAGUGUUCAUAACCCUUGACUUAUUCCACAUUUUGUUAUGUUCCAGCCUGAAUAAAACAUGUUUUAAAUAUAUGUUUUGUCUCACCCAUCUACUCACAAAACCCCAUAAUGACAAAGUGAAAACAUGUUUUAGACAAUUCUGCUAAUUUAUUGAAAAUGAAAUACAGAAAUAUCUUAAUUUACAUAAGUAUUCUCAUCCCCGAGUCAAUACUUUGUAGAAGUACCUUUGGCAACAAUUCCAGCUGAGUCUUUCUGGGAACGUUUCUAAGAGCUUUCCACACCUGGAUUGUGCCACAUUUGCCCAUCAUAUUUUUUUUUAAAUCUUCAAGCUCGGUCAAAUGGGGUGUUGAUCAUUGCUAGACAACCAUAGAUUUUCAAGUAGAUUUAAGUCAAAACUGACUCGGCCAUUUAGGAACAUUAAAUGUUUUCUUAGUUAGCAACUCCUGUGUAGAUUUGGCCUUGUGUUUUAGGUUAUGGUCCUGCUGAAAGGGGAAUACAUCUCCCAGUGUCUGGUGGAAAACAGACUGAACCAGAUUUUCCUUUAGGAUUUUGCUUGUGCUUAGAACCAUUCUGUUUCUUUUUUUAUCCUGAAAAGUCCUUAACAAUUAUAAGCAUACCCAUAACAUGAUGCAGCCACACUAUGCUUGAAAAUAUGGAGAAUUGUGCUCAGUAAUAUGUUGUAUUCAGGACAAAAAGUUAUUUCACUCUGUCAAUUAGGUUAGUAUUGUGGAGAACUACAAUAUUGUUGAUCCAUCCUCAGUUUUCUCCAAUCACAGCCAUUAAACUCUGAACUUUUUAAAAAGUCACCAUUGGCCUCAUGGUGUAAUCCUAGAGUGGUUUCUUUCCUCUCCGUCAUUUGAGUUAGGAAGGACGCCUCUUUGUAGUGAUUGGGUGUAUUGAUACACCAUCCAAAGUGUAAUUAAUAUGCUCAAAGGGAUGUUCAAUGUCCGCGAUAUUCAAUGUCUGUUUUUUUACCCAUCUACCAAUAGGUGCCCUUUGUGAGGCAUUGAAAAACCUCCCUGGUCUUUGUGGUUGAAUCUGUGUUUGAAAUUGACUGCUCGACUGAGGGACCUUACACAUAUGUGUGGGGUACAGAGAUAGGGUAGUCAUUCAAAAAUCAUGUUUAACACUAUUAAUGCACACAGAGUAAGUCCAUGCAACUUAUUAUGUGACUUGUUAAGCACAGUUUUACUCCUGAACUUAUUUAGGCUUGUCAUAACAUAGGUGUUGAAUACUUAUUGACUCAAGACAUUUCAGCUUUUCGUUUCUAAUUUGUAAACAUUUCGGAAAACAUAAUUCCGCUUUGACAUUAUGGGGUAUUGUGUGUAAAAAAAAAAAAUCUAAAUGUAAUCAAUUUUAAAUUCAGGCUGUCACAACAAAAUGUGGAAAAAGUCAAGGGGUGUGAAUACUUUCUGAAUGCACUGUAUGAAUGUGUUAUUCAAUGUGUUUCUAUGGGUUAAUAGCAGUAAGGCCAAAUUCAAUGUUUCAUCAAGUAAUGGUAGAAAUGGGUCACACAAGAACUAUCGCCACCUCGCCGGUUUUUCCCCAUCCUCAUGUAUAUUUUAGCCCUACGCUGCUGCUAAUACUAUAUCAACUUUACAAUUCUAGAAAUAUUUUUAUGUAAGAGGUAAAUGUAUGCUUUCUCGUUUAUUAAUGACGCAUAUAUAGUAUGAGGAAAACGCUUGGCUUAUUUAUCUACUCCUUCCUCUCCCUUGCCCCCCCCCAUCCAUCGACACCCUCUCACAACACGGACUAUAUUGUAAAGUAAAGGACUUUAUGAGAUUAUGUUUGGAAACAGCUAUGCUUAUAUACCACAGUGACUGAAUGUACAGUGUAUAGAUGCAUUAGCAGAAAUAAAGUUGUUUGUCCAGAUUAAA